CCUGUCAGUCUCCGAGCUAAAGGCUGUGCUGCGUGCGCUGCUCCCCGGCUUUUGUCUCACAGCAGCUCCACGCUCACGUCGUCAGUCAAAAUGAAACGAGUCUGGCUCCCAGCGCUGCUCUUCGCCCUCCUAGCCUUCGCUGCUGUGAAGGCAGAGGAUGAACUCGACGUAGAUGGCGUAGUGGAGGAGGACCUGGGUAAAAGCAGGGAUGGCUCCAGGACAGAUGAUGAGGUGGUGCAGAGAGAGGAGGAGGCUAUCCAGCUGGAUGGGCUGAAUGCAGCUCAGAUUAAGGAUAUCAGAGACAAGUCCGAAAAACACGUCUUCCAGGCGGAAGUCAACCGUAUGAUGAAGCUGAUUAUCAACUCCCUCUACAAGAACAAGGAGAUUUUCCUUAGGGAGCUGAUUUCAAACGCCUCAGAUGCUCUAGAUAAGAUUCGCCUGAUGUCUCUCACCAAUGAAGAUGCAAUGGCCUCCAAUGAAGAGCUGACCAUCAAAAUAAAAUCUGAUAAGGAGAAGAACAUGCUACACAUCACUGACACUGGUAUUGGAAUGACCAAAGAGGAGCUGGUGAAGAACUUGGGCACCAUCGCCAAGUCCGGCACCAGCGAGUUCCUCAGCAAGAUGACAGAUGCGCAGUCUGAGGCAGAGUCCAGCUCGGAGCUGAUUGGCCAGUUUGGUGUGGGUUUCUACUCCGCUUUCCUUGUUGCUGACAAGGUCAUUGUGACAACAAAGCACAACAACGGCACUCAGCACAUCUGGGAAUCUGACUCCAACGAGUUUUCCGUCGUCGAGGAUCCCCGAGGGGACACGCUCGGCAGAGGAACCACCAUCACGCUCGUCCUGAAAGAGGAGGCGUCAGACUAUCUGGAGCUUGAGACCAUCAAGAACCUCAUCAAGAAAUACUCUCAGUUCAUCAACUUCCCCAUCUACCUUUGGGCCAGCAAGACUGAGACAGUUGAGGAGCCCAUCGAGGAAGAUGCUGAGGCAGCAGAUGAACCAGAGAAAGAGACACCUGAAGAGGAGGCUGAGGUAGAAGAGGAGGAAGAGGACAAAGACAAACCAAAGACAAAGAAGGUUGAGAAGACCGUGUGGGACUGGGAGCUGAUGAAUGAUAUCAAGCCCAUCUGGCAGAGACAAGCUAAGGAGGUUGAGGAUGAUGAAUACACAGCUUUCUACAAGACCUUCUCUAAGGACACUGAAGACCCUCUGGCUCACAUCCACUUCACAGCUGAGGGUGAAGUCACCUUUAAGUCGAUCCUCUUUGUGCCGACUGCAGCUCCCCGCGGCCUGUUUGACGAGUAUGGCUCCAAGAAGAACGACUACAUUAAGCUUUUUGUCAGAAGAGUUUUCAUCACAGACGACUUCAACGACAUGAUGCCCAAGUACCUGAACUUCGUCAAGGGAGUGGUUGACUCUGAUGACCUCCCCCUGAAUGUGUCCAGAGAGACUCUGCAGCAGCACAAACUGCUCAAGGUGAUUCGUAAGAAACUGGUGCGUAAGACUUUGGACAUGAUCAAGAAGAUCGCAGAGGAUACGUACAACGAGAAGUUCUGGAAGGAGUUUGGAACCAACAUCAAGCUGGGUGUCAUUGAGGAUCACUCCAACAGGACCCGACUGGCCAAACUGCUGCGUUUCCAGACCUCCAACAGUGAGACAGUCCAGGCCAGCCUGGAGGAGUAUGUUGAGCGCAUGAAGGAGAAGCAGGACAAGAUCUACUUCAUGGCUGGAACCAGCAGGAAAGAGGCUGAGGCUUCACCUUUCGUCGAGAGGCUGCUGAAAAAGGGCUACGAGGUUAUCUACCUGACUGAGCCUGUGGAUGAGUACUGCGUUCAGGCGCUGCCCGAGUUUGAUGGAAAACGUUUCCAGAACGUGGCAAAGGAGGGCAUCAAGUUCGACGAGAGCGACAUGGCCAAGGAAAAGCGGGAGACCCUGGAGAAGAGCUUUGAGCCUCUUACCACCUGGCUGAAGGACAAGCCCCUGAAGGACAAGAUUGAGAAGGCCAUCCUCUCUCAGAGGCUGACCAACUCCCCCUGCGCUCUGGUUGCCAGUCAGUACGGCUGGUCAGGAAACAUGGAGAGGAUCAUGAAGGCCCAAGCUUACCAGACAGGAAAAGACAUUUCCACAAACUAUUACGCCAGCCAGAAGAAAACAUUAGAAAUCAACCCUAAACACCCUCUCAUCAAGCAGAUGCUCAACAGGGUCAAUGAUGACGCUGAGGACCAGACUGCAUCCGAUCUGGCCGUGGUUCUGUUUGAGACGGCCACGCUGCGCUCCGGCUACCAGCUGGUGGACACUAAGGCUUACGGAGACAGGAUAGAGCGCAUGCUUCGACUCAGCAUGAAUGUACCUCUGGAUGAACAGGUUGAAGAAGAACCAGAGGAGGAGCCAGAGGAGGAGCCAGCCGAGGACGACUCAGAAGAUAAAGAUGAAAUCGUAGACGACGAUGACGAUGAAGAACCGACACAAUCUGACAAAGAUGAACUGUGAAGCACUGAAUGGAAGAGCGCGUUAACAAUGGAGCUGGACAGUUUCUCCAGUGCCAUUGUGGUCGUUAUCCUGGGAGGGGUCCUCGGGGUUUGGGUUUUUUAAGGGAGGGCGUUGUUUGUUUGUUUGUUUUUUUUAUUUUACAUUCCUCAUGACUGUAAAUUUGUUAAUAUUUAACUGACUUGUUUAUGGAAAGAUGCGAUCCUGUCUCUUGAUCGAAUAAAUAUCUCCUGGAAAAAGGAGCAACAGUU